GCAGUUGCGCUGCACAGAAGAGCGAGAGAGAGGCUUAAAGAGUAGAGGCAAAAUUUAUCAUAAAUAAAUAAAACCCCGGAUAUUUAAAAUAAAUAAAUAAGUAACAUUCAUUAUACAUAUAUUCGUAUCCUAAAGGCCUUCUGAUAUUGAUAUUUCGCAGAGUUUCUGUCCAGAUCGACGGCCGUUAUUGUUUGUGGAUUUACCUCAGAGGACCGAGCGGAUAUUUCUCCGGUCGCGGAAGGAUUAUCACUCUCGUAACGGUGAGCAGGAGCAGCGGUUCGGCACACACCGUCACCCGCUCGGGAUUAUCUGAUGGAGCGGAGCUGCAGCAGUCACGGAUCGCGGUCCCGGUGUCCGGAGCUCCUGAACGGAGACGCAUCCAUGACCUUAUCGAUCAGCUCCACGACAGGAACGCGCUUCGAGCUGUCGGUUCUGCGGGACGAGACCGUGCAGGGACUGAAGAGGAGGCUGUCCGAGAAGCUCCGGGUUCCCGGAGAGAGACUGCUGCUGCUGCACCGAGACACGAGGUUGAUCUCAGGAAAGCUGCUGGACUUCGGUGUGUCUGACGGAAGCAGACUGACGCUGGUGCCCUCGGUCGAAGCCGGACUCAUGUCGCAGUCGAGCCGCUCGGAGCAGUCGGUCGUGCAGGCGCUGGAGACGCUCUCAGACGCUCAGGUCAGUGACUUCCUGUCGGGACGGUCCCCGCUGACCCUUGCCCUGCGUGUGGGCGAUCACAUGAUGUUUGUGCAGCUCCAGCUAGCGUCUCAGCCGUCCGUCUCCAGGGGUCCUGCGGGCCCUAACCAGACACCUACAGGGGCCUUCAGCAGUGAGACCCCCUCAGACUCUCAUCAGCGGGCACCAGACGUCACCGAGAGAGACAAUGCCCCGCCCUCACCUCAUGUUCACCACGCCCACAGCACACAAAGCCCCGCCCCUGCUCUUCACUCACAUCCUGUUAGCCCCACCCUCCCUCCUCAAAGCCCCGCCCAGGCUCCUCCCUGCACUCAGGCUGGCACUCCGAGCCCCAGACAGCGAUGCAGACCCGGCGCAGUCAUCGAGAGCCUCGUCAAUCACUCGCCGGGAGUUUUCUCAGGAACCUUCUCAGGUACUUUACACCCUAACUGUCAGGACAGCAGCGGGCGUCCUCGCCGGGACAUCAGCACCAUCCUGCAGAUCCUCAACGACCUCCUGAGCGCCACGCAGCACUGCCAAGGAUCUCCUCCCACACUGACACACCUGCGCUGCCCUCCGACCUCACCCUGCUCACCUCCACCCUCACCUACCUCACCCCUGCAGCCUCACACACUCCUGCGCAGACCCUCCGGCGAGCGUCUGCGGCAGACGGAGAAUAAAGCCACGCGCUGUAAGGUGGAGCAGCUCAGGCUCUUACUGCAGCAGCGGCGUCUGAGACGAAAGGCCCGGAGAGACACUCGAGGCCCGUAUCACUGGCCUUCUGACCGCAGCACUGCCCUGACCGGACACAGCUCUCUGGACCUGCCGUCAGACCGGAGCGCUGAGUUUGUGCUGGCUUGAUGAGGACGAGUCUGGACACACACCUGGGCAUUAACUGUGAACACUCUACAGACUCACGCUCGGAUGGAUGUUACCAAACACAGGAUGUAGCAUUUCCACUUCAGGUGUUCAGCUCCGCCUACAGGAUGUUCUCUCUCUCUCUCUCUCUCUCUCUCUCGUGAGCAUUAAAAUAUGUUUGAGACCUUGUGUUUUAGAGGACAGACGUCUGUCUGAGAUGAUGUUCAGACCGCUGCUUUAUGAAUCCUGGAUUUGGGUCAAUCUCCUGAAAACAGCUUAUAUUUCACCCCAAAAUCUGAAGAAAAUUAAUCUUGUUUUUCAAAUAAAGCCUUAAAUAAUUAUUUCUACUAUAUACAUUUAAUUUAUAAC